ACAACAGGGUAGAGGAGGCAGAGGCAGUGCACCAGAUGAGAGGAGAGAGGACGCCCCCUGUCCCCGCCAGCAGCCCUCACUGACCAUCAAUCACCCAGGGCCAUUGUGGUCCUGUCCAGGGUAGCCUACGGCACAGCCACCCAGCCCAGCCACCCAGCCAGUCAGGCAGAGGAGAGGAGAGAGGGGGCAGGGAGCUGUAGCCUGCAGGGAGAAAGUAAGGGGGAAAGAAUGGCAGUCGGGGAACGGCCUUCUUCGUGUUCCUCUCCCCAGCCGGCAUUGCUGGGCUUGGGGGCAGCUCUGCUCUCUUUCUGCAUCUCCGCUGUGCUCUCCCAGGUCCCGGAUCCAGAGCUUUUACCGACAGAUCCCCCAAAGAAGCCAGACCCAGUCACUUCAGAAACAGUCGUAUUCUGGGGACUGCGGUUAUGGCAAGUCAUUGGUAUCUUCUCAAUGUUUAUUCUAGCAAUCAUCAUCACCCUAUGCUGCAUCUUCAAAUGCCGUAUCCCCAGGACGAAGAAGGAGAUUGAGGCGCGACAUGCUCAGAGAGUAGCAGCUAAGGACUACGCCAACACACUGGAGACUGUGCCUCCUCUCAACGAGCUCACAGAGAUCCCAGGAGCUCUCCCGGACACUGUGUCCCUCUCGACGGUCUCUGAGCAGGUCCAGGCUCGCAGCGCCAGCAGCAGCCAGCUCCCAGUGGUGAGAGAGGAGGAGGAGCUCACUGGCCCCCUCACUCAGCCCGAGACGGGAUGACAUUCCUCCCUCCUUCUCCUCUCCCCCUCACUCAGCCUGAGACUGGAUUACCUCCCUCCUUCUUCUCUUUCGUAUCUCUUCUCACCUUCCCUCUCUCCACAUUCCUAUUUAUAUUCUGACAAAGAGGGCUAUCCACUAGAGUGAACAUUGGAACAUGCAGCUCAGGAUUCAGUAAAUCACAGAAAAGCAUUGAAUAGUUGAAUACAAUAGUUAACUUAAUAGAUCAGCGUUCAUCGCUAUUUCCUAGAAAGAAUGGCAUUGACAUUGUGGAGAAUGUUGCCUGCUGAAGAGUAAUAUUUGCAUGUGUUACAUACUUCAAAUGCUUUUUGUUGAUAUACUCGUCCUUGUCGAUAAUACAUUGAUUGUACAUUGGACACAGAACUGCAAAUGUGGAUGAUGAAAAAGUAGAGAUGAAUCUUAAGGCUUCUGACGUUGAUGUUGCAUGCCUACGACUGUCACUCGUUGUUUAUUCAUUUCUCUCUUUCUCCUUCUCUGACUCAAUCUGUAAUCUUGGUUUUGUAUAAAUACAUCUAUGAUCUUUUAUGUAAGCUUAUACAGUAACACCCAUGACAACCAACCCUGGUCCUGGAGAGCUACAAGGUACACAGGCUUUUCUUUCUCAACCUUGCACCAACAAUGUCUUAAUUAUUA